UUGCACUGGAGCCACUGAUGUCGUUGCGCUCGGGCUGAGACAACAAAAGGUGAAAUCCCGGGAUUCCCGAAGAUCUUGUCAGUCGACUCCCACAUGGAAGUGAGGCACUCAACUGAAGAUUAAACCAAUUACACUCAGCUCCAGAGCAUUGCCCUCUUAGAUGCCGCUCAGUCUUCGUCUUUGCAAAUGGCUUGCUGUCUGAAGGACGAGCUCCUCUGUUCCAUCUGCCUCAGCAUCUACCAGGACCCCGUCAGCUUUGGCUGCGAGCACUACUUCUGCAGAAAGUGCAUCACCGAGCACUGGAGCAGACAGGAGCCUCACGGAACGCGAGACUGUCCCGAGUGCCGGAGGACCUUCACCGACCCUCUCCUCUCCCCGAGUCUCAAAUUGUCCAACAUUGUGGAGCGCUACUCGGCCUUCCCGCUGGACGCCAUCCUUAACGCUCAGAGGAGCUCCUAUCCCUGCAAGGACCACGAGAAGGUCAAACUCUUCUGCCUGACCGACAAAAGUCUGGUGUGCUUCUUCUGUGACGAGCCGGCGCUACACGAGCAGCACCAAGUGACCACUAUUGACGAGGCUUACGAGGAGAUACAGAGGGAGAUGAAGGAGCAGCUGGCCACCCUGCAGGACAGUGAGAAGGGACAUACUGAGGCCCUGCAGCUCCUGCAGAGACAGCUCACAGAGACCAAGUCCUCUGCCAAGAGUCUGCGCGCAACCAUCGGCGAUGCGUUCGAGCGCCUUCACCGUUUCCUGCGCGAGCGGCAGAAGAGCAUGCUGGAAGAGCUGGAGAUGGAUACGGCGCGCAAGCUCGCCGACAUCGAGCACAAGAUCCAGCGCUACAGUCAGCAGCUGCGCGACGUCAAAGAGGGCAUCCAGAUCCUGCAGGAGCGCCUCAACGAGACGGGACGACACGACUUUCUGGAGGGAGUAGCCGUCACGUCUGAGAGGUGCCUCACCUGCCACGAGUUUGCAAAAACAGUCCCAGUUUCAUCACUUCAGCCCCAUAAGAAAACAAAAAACACUUUUGGUCCAAGAAGGAGCAGGAUUAAAGGGAAGAUACAUGAGACCAAUCUGACGUACGAAGACUUCCCAACAUCCAAGUACAUGGGGCCCUUACAGUACACAAUAUGGAAGUCGCUCUUCCAGGAUAUUUCACCAGUGCCAGCAGCGCUGACCCUCGACCCCAUCACAGCCCACCAAAGACUGAUCCUCUCAGACGACUGUACCAUCGUGGCCUACGGAAAUCUCCAUCCGCAGCCGCUACAGGACUCCCCCCGCCGCUUUGAUGUGGAGGUGUCUGUUCUGGGCGCAGAGGGCUUUGCCUCAGGUGUCCAUUAUUGGGAAGUGAUGGUGUCGGAGAAGACCCAGUGGAUGAUUGGUGUGGCCAACGAGACAGUCAGUCGCAAGGGCAGCAUCCAGAUCCAGCCCAGUCGCGGCUUCUACUGCAUUGUCAUGCACGACGGGAACCAGUACAGUGCCUGCACUGAGCCCUGGACCCGUCUCAACGUCAAGAGCAAGCUGGAGAAGGUGGGGGUGUACCUGGACUACCCAAAAGGCCUGCUCAUCUUCUACAAUGCGGAUGACAUGUCCUGGCUCUACACUUACCGAGAGAAAUUCCCCGCUAAGGUCUUCCCGUAUUUCAGUCCUGGGCAGAGCCACGCUAACGGCAAGAACGUGCAGCCGCUGCGAAUCAACACUGUACGUCUUUAAGAGCUACACACAUCUAUGGUCAUGAUUGUCCUGACAGAUGAAUCCAUCAUAGGUGAAUUCACAGGACUUGUGUAGGUUUCAAAAGAUAUUAAAGAAAUCAGUUUAAAAAAUGUUUAAUAGGGUGUUUGAAAUGUUUAUUUCUUUCAGUUUGGUGUUAAGAAUUGUGCUUGAUGUUGCUCUCAAAACCUGCGCUGUUAUUUUUUGUGACUUGAAACGACCAUGAGAUAACGGCCUGCAUUUGAGCCUCAUUCUGCAUCUUUUAUUGAAAAGAUGACACUAAAUGGAGACAGAGGGGCCCCUGGGGUCCUCUGGAGUCUGUGGCAGUGUGUUUAAAAAAAAAAAAGGAACAAAUAAUAAGUCCAGCUCUUAAAGUGACUGUCCCAGGCCCACCUUGCACAGUCCCAGGGGGCACCACUCCCCUUACUAAGCUCCAGGCUUGUCAGACCUGACGUUCCCUCUCUGUCCAGGCGAGCGGACACUGAAGACUGGUCACUUGUCUUCUCUGUGCUGUACAGUUGGCUUAGCUUUGUUUGUGGAAUGUGAUUGACAGCAUUCGGCUCUUUUUUUUUUUUUGGCGGUUCACCCUGAACUUGUCAAGUCUGUUGGCACUUUUUACUUCUGUCUGAGACCAUGAUCUUGGUUCCUCCUGUAGGACACAUGCACAUGUGUCUGCUCAGUGUUAAUCAUUACAAGGAAAGAUCCCAUUCUGUGUGCACCAGCGAUUCUCCAUGUCACCUAAAACAAAUGAAAUGAAUGAAAAAGUAGAUCAUAGGCUGCCCAUCCCACAUAUCCACUGCCCAGUUCUGCCCACACGUGAUAAGAAAGUCUGUUUGGAGGUUGUCUAGAAAUGUGCUGCUAUUGUUGAAGUAAGGAAUUUCAUAUUUGUAUAUAGCAUAUCAAGGGUUAAAAGGAUUAAGUCUCUCAUCAUGUUGGCUCAUGUUUAAAUUUCCGCUCUUUCCCCAAAUCCACAAGUUACGCUAGCGUACAGCAUUUACUGUACCUGUGGGGGGGUUUUUUGUCCACUUUAAUGUUGACUUCAAGUACAUUUGUUAAAAUCUGAAAAGUUAAAGAUGAAACAUUGCUCAAUGCUACAAAGAGCAGCUGUUCAUCAUUUGCGUAAAUGAAGCCAGGCUGUAUGUUUUAGGAGGAAAAUGGAGAUGGAUGGAUAGACUUGAGCACAAUUAUGUGAUCCUGGCAUUCCCUUGACUGCUGCUGGGUUACAUAAUGAUGAAAUCACUGAUAAUUCCUCCGAGGCUCAGCCGUGUUUAUUUCUUCUCCCCACGUGCCUCAAGUGCUCUUGUUUAUCAUUAGUGGUACACAAGUCCUGCACAAUCUGCUCUAAGAGGCUCCUGUCCCUCAGCCAAGUCCACCAUACUGAAAGAUGUGUGUGUCUGUGGGUGGACAUGUGCACAGGCAUGUUUGAGUGGCCUGCCUCAACUAUAAUUUUAAAUCCAGCUUUGGUUGUGUUUGAUAAAGCCCAUCUGGCCCUCAUAUCGUACCCAUAGAGUGGCCAAAUGUGGCCAAAUAUUUCUUUGGGAAAUCUACAAAUGAACAAAAAAAAAAAAAAUCACCUCACCCUUACUUUGCCACUGUACAUCUUUGCAUUUAUAUGUGUGUAGUCUGUGUUGUCCAUUUAAAAGA